UAACACAUAGGUGUAGUAUUGCCAGAUCCCAGUUUAUUUUGUAGCGGAGUUUUCUAUUAACAGGAAACGAUGUAACAGAGUCGAUAUAUUUUAAUGUUAUCAUGGGGUGGCAAGUCCCCAUACAUCGUGGUCCGGUAGUUUCAUUGCGUCCUAAUAUGUAAUCGUUAUUGUCUGUGGACACAGGAAACUUUGCCAACAGUCUUCCUUUAAAGAGCACGACUCGUGAGACUCUUCUUAACACUCGAUAAUAUCACAAUUUCAGGAUGAAGCUUCAUGUUUUUAGUUUUCUCCUCUCUGCUUUCCUGUUUGCUAAGCCAGCAGAGAGCUCAGUAAGGGACCCGAUCUGUGUACAGAAGCAGCAAGAAGGAGUACAACUAGGAACUGUCUUUGUUGUGCCUGAGUCUUGCCAGAAAUGUGCCUGUGACGGAUCUCUAAGGAAAUUCUGCAUGGUCGACCCAUACUGCAAGGAGACCAAGGAGGCGUUGGACAAGAAUCCUUGCUACAAAGGGGGGAGCAAGUUCAAACAUGGGAGCCAAGUUCAGGUGGACUGUAACAUCUGUACUUGCAACAACGUUACUUGGACCUGCACUACUGAUGACUGUAGUAAUAACGGAGGGAGCGUGAAAAAAGAAGAAGAAUCAAGUUGUAAGGAUCUAGAUACCAGAUGUGAAAACUGGGUGGAAAGAAAGGGAAAGGAACUGUGCGAUACCAAAAAAUACGUCGAAAAGAAAUGCUUAAAAUCCUGUGACAAAUGCUCGAAAACAGUUGUAGUGGAGGACGAGAAUAAAGAAGAGGCCUGCAAAGAUAAGAGCAAGCACUGUACUUCAUGGUCCAAGAGGGCGGGAAACCUUUGUCAGACCCACAAGACCAUGCUUUCCAAGUGUAGAGUUACCUGUGGCUUGUGCACUCCCGAAGGUGGUGAUGGAACUGCUGAAGAAGAGAAUGAAGUAACAGUGGAAGAAGUAACCCCUCGAGAGAAGACAGCACAGGAACUGGAAGAAGAACGGAGACAGGCGGAAGUAGAUGCCUGGAGAGAUCGGCUCCUUAAUGAGGGACAGCUUAUCGACACUGACAAAACACCUCUGGGCUGUCAGUUUGACUGUGGUGGAACAGUUUACCCAUGGGGCUCCUCACUACAAGACUCAAACUGUGGCGUCUGCACGUGCAAGAGAAAGGGAAAACUUAACUACUUCUUUAAGUGCACCAAUCCAGAAUGCGAGACGAGCGCAACCUGCAAUUAAAGUGGACUACCAUCUUCGAAUGACUUUUACCUUGACAGAAUUAGUGCCAAUAUAUCUCAGGAAGCUUAAGAUAUAUUUCUAACACUAGGAGGAGACCUCUUCAUGUAGCAUGUGUAUGUAGCAUGACGCAAAAUUCUGACUGAAACUUUGUUGGAAACUAAUAUUGUAAUUUUCCCAAUUCAUUUUGUCACCCAUAUUAAUAUUUGUAACCCAUACUUUUGAA